AUGGCUUCCGAUCCGACUCAGCUCCAACUCGCCCAAAUCGCCGCCAUCCUCGGCCCCGAUCCCACUCACUUCGAAACCCUAAUAUCCCAUCUCAUGUCCACCGCCAACGACCAGCGCUCUCAAGCCGAGUCUCUCUUCAAUCUCUGCAAGCAAACACACCCCGAUUCCCUCUCUCUCAAGCUCGCCCACCUCCUCCACUCCUCCCCCCACCCCGAGGCUCGCGCCAUGUCCGCCAUCCUCCUCCGCAAGCAGCUCACUCGCGACGACUCUUACAUAUACCCCAAUCUCUCUCCGGCCACUCAGUCCACCCUCAAAUCCACUCUCUUGGAUUGCGUCGGCCGCGAAACCGCCAAGACCAUCUCCAAGAAGCUUUGCGAUACCAUUUCAGAGCUCGCUUCUUCGAUCUUGCCCGACGGUGGCUGGCCGGAGCUCUUGCCGUUUAUGUUCCAGUGCGUCACGUCGGACAAUCCGAAGCUUCGCGAAUCGGCGCUGUUGAUUUUCGCGCAAUUGGCGCAGUACAUAGGGGAAACCCUAAUUCCUCAUUUGGAUACUCUGCACACUGUGUUUAUUCAGUGUUUGAGCUCUGGUGUGGAUUCGGAUGUGAGGAUUGCUGCGUUGGGGGCUGCGAUUAAUUUUGUUCAGUGUUUGGAGAGUGCCUGUGAUAGGGAUAGGUUUCAGGAUUUAUUGCCGGCGAUGAUGCAGACUUUGACGGAGGCGUUGAAUUGCGGUCAAGAGGCCACGGCGCAGGAGGCUCUGGAGCUGUUGAUUGAGUUGGCCGAUACGGAGCCGAGGUUUCUAAGGCGGCAGAUUGUGGAUGUUGUGGGUUCUAUGCUGCAGAUUGCUGAGGCAGAGAGUUUAGAGGAAGGGACGAGACACCUUGCGAUUGAGUUUGUGAUUACACUGUCCGAAGCGAGAGAGAGGGCGCCUGGAAUGAUGAGGAAGUUGCCACAGUUCAUUCAGAGGUUGUUUUCUAUAUUGUUGAAGAUGUUGGAGGAUGUAGAUGAUGAUCCUGCGUGGCACAAUGCCGAGACCGAGGAUGAGGAUGCUGGUGAGACCAGUAAUUAUAGCGUUGGGCAGGAAUGUUUGGAUAGGUUGUCGAUUUCUUUGGGUGGAAAUACGAUUGUGCCCGUUGCUUCGGAGCUUUUGCCAGUAUAUUUGGCUGCUCCUGAAUGGCAAAAGCAUCACGCUGCACUCAUCUGCCUUGCACAAAUUGCAGAGGGUUGUUCGAAGGUGAUGAUAAAAAAUUUGGAGCAAGUGGUGUCAAUGGUUUUGAACUCGUUCCAAGACCUUCAUCCUCGUGUGCGUUGGGCAGCAAUAAAUGCAAUUGGUCAAUUGUCAACAGAUUUGGGCCCAGACUUGCAAGUUCAAUAUCAUCAACGGGUGCUGCCUGCCUUAGCUUCUGCUAUGGAUGACUUCCAAAAUCCACGAGUGCAGGCCCAUGCUGCUUCAGCAGUGCUAAAUUUUAGCGAAAAUUGCACCCCCGACAUCCUAACGCCUUACUUGGAUGGAAUCGUGAGCAAACUGCUCGUACUCCUACAGAAUGGCAAGCAAAUGGUGCAGGAGGGGGCUUUGACUGCUUUGGCAUCAGUUGCAGAUUCGUCACAGGAGCAUUUCCAAAAGUAUUACGAUGCUGUUAUGCCUUACUUGAAAGCUAUUUUGGUGAAUGCAACUGACAAGGCUAAUCGCAUGCUUCGUGCCAAAUCCAUGGAGUGCAUUAGUUUGGUUGGAAUGGCUGUUGGAAAGGAUAAGUUUAGGGAUGAUGCUAAGCAGGUUAUGGAAGUCCUAAUGACAUUGCAAGGAUCCCAGUUGGAGACAGAUGAUCCGACGACAAGCUACAUGUUGCAAGCAUGGGCCAGACUUUGCAAAUGUCUUGGGCAGGAUUUCCUCCCUUACAUGAAUGUUGUCAUGCCUCCUUUGCUUCUGUCUGCUCAACUAAAGCCUGAUGUAACCAUUACAUCUGCUGAUUCUGAUGCUGAUAUAGAUGAAUCUGAUGAUGAAAGUAUUGAGACUAUUACACUUGGGGAUAAGAGGAUUGGAAUAAAGACUAGUGUUUUGGAGGAAAAGGCAACAGCUUGUAACAUGCUUUGCUGCUAUGCUGAUGAGUUGAAAGAGGGCUUUUUCCCAUGGAUUGAUCAAGUUGCUCCUACGAUGGUCCCACUUCUUAAAUUUUAUUUUCAUGAGGAAGUUAGAAAGGCUGCUGUUUCAGCCAUGCCGGAGCUGUUGCGAUCAGCUAAAUUAGCUGUAGAGAAGGGGCAAUCUCAAGGUCGUAACGAGACGUAUAUUAAGCAGUUGUCUGAUUACAUAGUACCUGCUUUGGUGGAGGCUUUACACAAGGAACCUGAGACAGAAAUUUGUGCAAGCAUGUUGGAUGCUUUGAAUGAAUGCAUAGAGAUUGCUGGACUUCUUCUGGAUGAAAGCCAAGUAAGGUCAGUAGUUGAAGAGAUAAAACAAGUGAUCACAGCUAGUUCAACUAGAAAAAGAGAAAGGGCAGAAAGAGCCAAAGCAGAAGACUUUGAUGCAGAAGAAGGAGAACUGCUGAAGGAGGAAAACGAGCAAGAAGAGGAACUUUUUGAUCAAGUUGGUGAUUGCUUGGGCACUUUGAUCAAAACUUUCAAGGCCUCUUUCUUGCCCUUUUUUGAUGAGCUAUCGUCGUAUUUAACUCCCAUGUGGGGUAAGGAUAAAACAGCUGAGGAGAGAAGAAUUGCUAUUUGUAUAUUUGAUGAUGUUGCUGAGCAGUGUCGAGAAGCAGCCCUUAAAUAUUAUGAUACUUACCUUCCUUUCUUAUUGGAAGCAUGCAAUGAUGAAAACCCUGAUGUUCGUCAGGCAGCUGUUUAUGGGAUUGGCGUAUGUGCAGAGUUUGGUGGAUCAAUGUUCAGACCUCUUGUGGGAGAGACUCUUUCUCGACUGGAUGUUGUAAUAAGGCACCCUAAUGCAAAGCAUUCAGAUAAUGUGAUGGCAUAUGACAAUGCUGUCUCAGCUCUUGGUAAAAUAUGCCAAUUCCAUCGUGACAGCAUAGAUGCAGCUCAGGUUGUCCCUGCCUGGUUAAGCUGCUUGCCUAUUAAGAGUGAUAUGAUUGAGGCUAAAGUUGUACACGACCAGCUUUGUUCUAUGGUGGAAAGGUCAGACAGGGAACUUUUAGGGCCCAACAAUCAAUAUCUUCCCAAAAUAGUUGCGGUUUUUGCAGAGGUUCUUUGUGCCGGUAAAGAUCUAGCAUCAGAGCAAACUGCCAGCCGAAUGGUUAAUCUUUUGAGGCAGCUUCAGAAUACACUAUCACCAUCUGCCCUAGCAUCAACUUGGUCAUCCUUGCAGCCUCAGCAGCUGCUUGCACUGCAAUCCAUCCUCUCAUCUUAGCUGCUUUCGGAUUUGUGGGCGUAGUAGCACCAUUCCCUUUACCGGUGAUUGUGUCCUUUUAGUUUGUAUUAUGUGUUUCUAUUAUCCAUUCUUUUUUCACGAGGUAAACCAUAAUUCCUUUGGUCGUGCAUUUUGUACCGAUGUGCUGUUUGCAUUGUUGGUGGAGGUUGUUUCAUUUGGGGAAAAGAGGAUAAGGAAAAGGUGUGUUGAAGUGAGAAUCUGAAAGUUUUGGUGUAGUAUGUGUAUAUUAUUACAAGGAUGAUUGAUUGUAUGAGGCUUUACCAUAAAGGCAGAAAGAAGAGAAUCAAGAGUUUGUGGUUUUGAUUAGGUGUCAUUGUGGGUCGAAGUUCACAUGAGGUUGAGACUUGUGAGUGACAUCUUGUAUCAGUUUUGUGUUGUUUUUAACUUGGAUGUGAAGGUGAUUUGAUAUACAAUUAUGAUUUUUUUUGGCUUCUUA